ACUUUCGACACAUUCUCCGGUCGAGCGUGAGGCGGGGGUGAUUCCUCGAUCAGCGAAGAAAGUGGUCGGAUAAACAAAGACAAUCAUCGUAAGUGGAAAUCGGUGGUUGCCGGCGCGACUCUUCGGAUGGGAAUAUUGAGGAGAGAUUAUCGGAGCAGUCGGAUUUGUUUUGUCUAUGUGCUCUCGCCGGUAGUGAUGGUGGAAAAUAUUUCUGGUGAAGUGUUUAAAGGAUAAACACUGUUUCUUUUUCAGCAAAAUAUUCAUAUUUCAAGAUCAGUUAUUGGAAGAUUUGUAUGAUAGUGUCUUACUACUCAUAUAGAUUUGAACAUUGGUAGACUUUAUUUUCAACUAAUAUUUCAUUCGCACCGUUAUCAUCAUCGAAAGGCUGUAUCAAUACGAUUCACAUCCCUUCGACGCUUCCCUACAGUUAUAUGAAAAUUCUCGAAGACAAUAUAGGAAAUAAUACUCUAAAAAAGUAAUUUCGCUACUAAUAAAAAAUUUACUCCAUACCUUGACACCAACAGUCCAAAAGAAGAAAAGGUUUUCUUUAACUUCCAGGAUACUUCGAAGAUUGGAACUUUGUUUGGUGUCUUCGAUUUGCACAAUUUUCUCAAAGAUUGAUUUUCCGUUAUAAACCAUGAAAACUUUGUCAUCAAAAUGACGUCACGAAAACUGACAAAAAGAGAGAGAUAGGAUGAGAACACUUCAUAGACAUAUUGAACUUGCAUAGCACUAUUGAAAGCUGGGACAAGUACAUUCAAUUAAUAUAGAUUACUAGUUAUUAAAGAUCAUAUACGAAGAUAAUUUAUUUCAACAAGAGAUGUUAAAAAAAUGUCAGCAGAAAAAUUGCUUGCAAGUGAUAAUUUUUAAUUCGUCAAUGAGAAGUGAUUUUUUAACAAUGAGAAUUGCAAUCAGAGAAAUAAAUGAAAAUAACUAAAAGUUCAGCUUUGCAAUAUAAAUGUUCACUACAUUUUUAAAGAUCUUCUCUUUUGACAAGACAGACAUUCAAAAAGAAAUACCAGUGCUCAGAAAUAUUUCCGAAAAUUCCUCCGUCAAAAAAAUCUCUGGAUAAAUAUUUUUUCUCCACUGUACCGUUCAUCCAAGGAAUUCAUAAAAAUCUAUACUAUCUUCAAACCUACCUUGCGUGAACUGCAUAAAUUACACCUACUCGUCAUAUCAACAAGUGAAAGAGAAGAGACACCGUAUGAUGUUUAGCAUUUGUUAGAAAAAUUUUCGGUGAGUUGCUAUCAGAAAAAACAAAUAAGAAAAGGUUUUUCCGUCCUUCUUCAAAGAAUGCCGCUGAGCGAAGCCGCUUUCCUAAUGCUGUUAGCUCAGCUGAAAAAUGCUUUUACCCGGAUUAUUGAAUAAAUUACGAUAGCUGAUAGCGUCAAGGCUAAUCAGGUUUGUGAGCUGUUUAGAUGCAAAAUGCAUCUUAUUCAUCGGUUUAUGCGGAGGCAAAAUCGAUUUUUCUUGAUUUUUUAAAACCUUCUGAUGCUCAAAGAAUAGAAUUGAAGAGUUUGAUAUUUAUCAAACUUACAAGGAAGAAGAAAGAGCAAAUUACAAGUUUUUUCGCGUGACCUGUUUCUUUUAAGAGCCAACCGUUUAUAACAACAUAAAACACAUUUAUAUGAUAGCUUCAUCAACACACAGACUUCACUUGCAUUUCUUGAUCAAGAGGAAUGUACUGAACAGUAAUAAGCUAUCUAUUGCUGUGUGUGAGAGCAGUCCAGUUAUCUAAAAUGACUCCAACCUACCACUAAGUUUAAAGUUAUAAACUCUACAGUUUAUCAUGUGUGGAUAUUCAUAGUUUUUAUUUAUGAACAUCCUAUAAUAUAAACUUCUUUCUGGAAAAUGCCUUCUCAAGUUCUGUUUCAUCUGCAAAUAUCAAUGUCCUAGGUGCUUUCCAGACUUGAAGAUGGCUUUCGCACACGGAGACUGGCCUUCGAUCGACCCGAUCACCACCUUGCCGAGCAUCCUCGAACGAAAAGGGCUACUGUAUUUCUCGGCUUUUUGCGUCAUCGUGAUAAUCAUCGUGGGACUCACCGGCAACGCGUUAACAAUCAUCGCCCUGGUGCGUUGCCCACGCGUCCGUAGUGCGACAGCUGCCUUCAUCAUCAGCUUAAGCGUGGCGGAUUUCAUCUUCUGCUGCAUCAACCUCCCCUUCUCGGCCUCCAGGUUCAUCAAUCACAGAUGGGUUCACGGUGACACAUUGUGCGUCCUCUUCCCUUUCCUCAGAUACGUUAAUGUGGGACUUUCCUUGCUUUCAAUUACAGCCAUUGCCAUCAAUCGUUAUAUCCUCAUCGUGCAUCCUUCACUUUAUGCAAAGGUGUACAGAAAACGUUACAUUGCUGCCAUGGUAGUAUUCAUCUGGUGCUUCGCAACAGCGAUGAUUCUUCCUACACUAUUGGGCAAAUGGGGCCGCUUCGGCUAUGACCCAGCCAUCCUCAACUGUUCCAUCCUAGAAACAGACGGCCAGUCUUCGAAGACAUUUCUCUUCGUCUUUGGAUUCGUAGUGCCUUGUCUUGCUAUUGCGAUAUGUUAUGCUCGAAUAUUUUGGGUGGUUCGUAGAAGUCGUACUCGUGUCCAAAAGCAUUCCUCUACAGAGACUAGUGCUCAGAGGAAGGACAGGGAAGCUAAACGAAGAAAGGAAGAAUGGCGGGUCACUAGGAUGGUGCUGAUCAUCUUCUGCUCCUUCCUGCUUUGCUACUUACCAAUAACUAUAGUAAAAGUUUCCGAUCAAGACGUACAGAGACCAGAACUGCACAUCGUGGGUUACCUGCUGAUUUAUUUGAGUGCUUGCAUCAAUCCCGUUAUAUAUGGAAUUACUAACAAGCAAUAUCGCCAAGCAUAUAAAACUGUUCUCCUGUGCAGAAGGCCACGUGCUCUUAGUUUCAGUGGUGGCAGCCCGCCCCAACAACAGCAUGACGAUUCAACUGGUGUGCGUACUACUAUCUCUCUCGUCACCUCUAUGCCUAGUAUGUCUGUAGGACCGGAUUCAGUGUUCGUCGAAGAGAAAAGUGUUUAGUUUAUAUCAGGAGUAGAACAGUUCCUGAGGAUGCUGGAUUUCACAAUGUGGAAUCCUUUUUUUUUUACAAACUGGAUCUUCAUAUUUCAUAAGGCUGGGAAUGGAAUUCCAUUGAACUGCAAUUCGAAAAGGCAGAGUAUAUUGCCUUUCGACUUCUUUAGAAGCUUUCCUGGUGCGAAAAAAAGACAUUUUUUUAAUGGAAUCUAUGGAUUUUCAUUUGUUGACGUUUUAGAAACUUCAUAUAAGAAUCCGAGUAAUGUGGAAAGAUAUUUUUUACAACUUCAGUCACGAAACACGACUGUUUUUUCCAUUUCAUAAGAGACUGAGAGGUUCAUAAAAAACUGAGAUGAAUCUUCUGCGUUUAUCGGUUUGACUUAUUUCAGUUCGUAUACUGAAUAGUUUCCUAUCAUUCAAGAGAAUAGUUUUCUUGGAUAAAUUGGAACUUCCACUGCAAUAAACAUUAUUUAUAAAAUUUCAGAUCUGAUUUUAGGUUAAAAAAAGGUUGACCCGAACUUAUUUUGCCACUUUUUUUUUCUCUCAUUUUGUCUCACAUUAGCAACCUUUUGAGUCAAAGAAAUGUGAAUCACUCUUUCAAUAUAAAUGUGAAUAAGUCUGGUUUGGAUCUGCUACACGAUAAGUUGAUUUCUUCAGAACAUAUCCUAAUUCACUAAUAAUUGUUUUACUUUAAGGUUGAGCAUUUGAAACGAUAGUUGAAUUUCUGUGAAUAAUAUUCAUAUUUCAUAUGCAAAAACUGUGAGCGAUUUGAAUUUCAUUUGAUUUCUAUCCAUUUUGUAACGAUAUGUAUAAAUGUUGUUUUUUUUUUAAAUAAAUUUUUUAAAUCA